UAACUAUUAUCUAAUCAGCCAAUCCAACGGUCAAAAACCCAAACAAUAAUUCAAAAAAUAAACAAUCCAACGCCUCUCCCCACCACCCCCAGCCCAGGAAAAACUAGCCGUUACAAAGAAGAGCGUCCAGAUCCUCCAAAACCCUUAAACAUACCCAUUUUCUUCAUUCAUUUCUCCCCCCAAAGAUAGUCGAUUUACUUCCGAUCAACGCUGUCUUCAUCUCAGUAAACCAAAACCCAUUUCAAUUCUCAACAAAAUAAUAACAACCCAUAUUUUUUCUCUGGCGAUUCCUUAGUUUUUGUGUUUCAAUGGAUUCAAUUACCAAGGGUUCAAAAUCUGUUACUCCAGUGAAAGUUCCACAUGGGUUCACCAAAAUAUCUGAGAAUUCAAACCCUAAUAUUUCCCAUUCAAGCCCCAAUGUUGCCAAAUCUGCUAUAAAAACCCAGAAAUCAGCAUCUAAGAAUCCAGUUCUCAAUCAGAAUGUUGCAGUUCAUUACUCCCCUAGAAAAAAAAUUAGGGAAAGGAAGUUCGUGGUGGCGAAGAAGAAGAAUUCUAAGAACGACAAAGUGAAUUCUGAUUCUAAUUCGAGUGCUACAGUGGAUUGCAACUGCAAAGUGAGAUUUGGGGGUAAUGUAACUAAGUGUUUGUGUGUGGCCUAUGAGACUUUAAGGGCUUCACAGGAGGAGUUUUUCAAGAACCGCGAUGGUUUAGCCGACGAGAAAGAUGAUAAGUUGGAUAGUGAGAAGGGUAGAGCUGAAAGUGAUGUUGAAGAGGAGAAGGAGAUAGAGAAGGGGUUUAUGGCUCAGAAGGAUGAGAGUGAUGGUACUGAUAAUCCAUGUUUGAGUGAGAGUGAGCAGUCGGGGGAAUUAGGUGUCUCUACAAUUAAGAGAAGGAGAGACAGGUUACUUGAAGCUGCUAGAAAUAGUGUACCUGAAUCUGGUACUGGCACUGUGAAGCAUCUGGUUGAGGCUUUUGAGCGGCUUAAAACUAUAUCACAUCCUAAGGAAUCGGGAGAGGAGUGUGAAAAGAAGGAAAUGCAUUGGGCAUUGCCUGGUUUGCAUCACUCUGAUGUGCCUGAAAGGCACGAUUCACCUUCUUCGCUAUGUGCUUCUGAUUUGUUCCUGACUUCGGAGAAUCUUGGCUUGGAUCCAAGACUAUCAUGGGAUAGCAGUCGUGGCAGUGUCUCUAGCGUGACUUCUAACGGAGGGAGAAGCCGGAGAAAUAGCUCUGAGUCAUGUGGAACAAUGGGUGGGAGGAGAUGGAAGAAGAAGCAAAAGAAAAUCACUUCCCUAAAGCCAUUUAAAUUGAGGACUGAGCAAAGGGGAAGAAUGAAAGAGGAAGAAUUUAUGAAAAAGUUACAGGAAAUGAUGAUUGAACAGGAGAAGCAGCGGAUUCCUAUUGCGCAAGGCCUUCCUUGGACAACAGAUGAACCAGAGAAUUUAACUAAACCUCCAGUUAAAGAGAGCACCAGACCUAUGGACCUUAAGCUCCACACUGAUUUUCGAGCUGUUGAGCGAGCUGAGUUUGACAAUCAGGUUGCAGAGAAGAUGAGCUUCAUUGAGCAAUACAAGAUGGAAAGAGAAAGGCAGCAAAAGUUGGAAGAAGAGGAAGAAGUACGGAGAUUGAGGAAGGAGCUCAUUCCAAAAGCGCAGCCAAUGCCUUAUUUCGACAGGCCUUUCAUUCCAAGAAGGUCGAUGAAGCAUCUAACGAUACCUAAAGAUCCGAAGUUUCACAUACCCCAGAGUAAGAAGAUCAAGAGCUGUGUCUCAUGGAACGACAUGUGCACUUUCACUUACGAGGAGUGAGUGAGACAAGAAGAAGAUCGCUUUGCAUAGAUAAAGCCUUUAAUAAUGUUCAAUUAUACUACAAUUCUUUUAGUGUAAAUGGUGCAACCAAUUUAGUUGCAAUUUUUGAAAACUUGUGUUAGUUUCAAGUACAGUACUGACAUUAAUGAAAAACAUCAAGUUUUCUCUUCU